AUGGCUGAUGUCCCCAGAGGCGCCAGAAUUGUGCCUAUAAUUGCCCCUCACCAUGAUAGCCAUUUCGAAGAGAGCUCAGUCAACGAUCACAACCCUGAAAAUCCGCCAUCGGAACAGAGCUCCCAAGAAGACCGCCCCCCAGCCUCCAGAACUACACGCGGGAAAGCUGAGACAGAAUGUUUGGAGCUUGCUAGCCUCACUCAGCUAGGGCUUUAUGCUCUUCCUACCGAGGGUGAUGGUAAUUGCCUCUAUUACGCUCUAUCGGAUCAAUUGUACGGAGACUUCCACCAUGCCGACCACAUCCGAACGCGGCUCGCAGACCACAUCUUUGCCAACCGGGAAUACUUCAUGAGCUUUAUAGCAGCAGCUGGCGGGGAGCGUAGGGCACCUAGACGUGCGGCAGCCGAAGCAGCUAGGAAUACCUAUUGCUCGUCAUCAUCCGCAAGUCCUGCUCCUCCUCCGUCGGUCAAAGAUAAGGAACGAAGCUUUGACUCAAAGGUAGCAGAGUCACGGAAGAACGGCGUGUGGGGUGGAGCAGAGGAGAUACAAGCAUUUUGCCAGUCUUUCAAGAAGGACGUCAAUGUCUAUACAGAGUAUGGGAUUCAGAAUUUCCGUGACGUUCACGCUCCGCGGGACGAGGAAAGAGAAACCAUGCACAUUGCCUUUCAUGACUUCCAUCAUUAUUCAUCGGUGCGGCAUUCUAAUGGUCCUCACACGGGCUUGCCGUGUAUCCCUAAAUUUGACAAAGCAACCCUGGAUAGCACUGCGCCGUCGGAAGGCAACGUAGUAAAUGUGGCCUCCCCAUGGAAAAUAUCAGUUAUUCAGGAAGGUCUCGGCGGUAAGUAUGACCGUGAAACCAUAGUGGAAGUACUCGAGCAAUGCCGAGGCAACAUAGACAAUGCGUUUAUGAACCUCAUUGGCGAUGAUGCCAACGCACAGCCCCUGGAAGCUCCAACUUCGCGAGCAAUCAUGAAGUCACGGUUUCAACCAUCUUCGCGCUCUUCGUCUCCAUUUAGCACUGGAAGUAAACGAUCAGCCGAUGAUAGCGAUGAGGAAGACAAUCCUCGACCCGCCUCGCGGCGCUCUCGGGUCCGUGACCAAAAACGACGAAUUCUCCCAGACGUUACAGUUGGAAUAGCAUUUCGGGAUGAUCAAAACGAUCUUGUUUCCCUACGUCUUAGGGUGAGCCCUGAUAAGGGUGUAUCAACUUCUUCAACGGAUAAUGGCAAGGAACAAAUCGAGCCGAACUCACCCGAAUCGCGAGAAGAGAGCAUGUCUCUCCCAAGGAAGGGCAGGAGACUAAAGCCGGGAAGGAAGCAAAGCAUUGAACCUAGUGAUACCUCAAGCCAACAGAGCGAAUCUAACACAACCGAGCAAAAGUUACGCCGGAGUCAACGUAUCACCCGGACCCGCAACGCCCACUAA